GCCUGCCUCACUCGCAGCUUUCGACCAGCUCGUUGACAAACGAGAAGCUCCAUACCCAUCUUGUGAUUGUCCGGCUGCAGUUUGCUAGCAGAUACUAACCACAAAACUGGGGCUGAAGCUCGUCCUUCUACAGCUUCCAUUGCUUUCUACGCUAGUCUCUCCACAACAUCGCAUUUCUUCCGUCUUCUCGACCUUGACUUUACAGCUACACGACUCCGUCAUACAACACAUAAAGCAUUCUGCUUCACGCAACUUCGAUACCUAUUUCACGCCUGCACAUUCACAUCCACAAUCAUGUCCACACCUACCGUCACACCCGAAGUCACCUGGGCUCAGCGCUCGUCCGCUGACGACGCCGAGAGAAACUACGUCUUCCUCACCAUUGUCGCCGCCGAUGUCCCAGAGUCCGACCUGAAACUCGAACUGCAACCCACAAAGCUCAGCUUCAAGGGUACUUCAACAUCGAAAAAGGUCACCUACGCUGUUGAUCUUGAGUUCUUCGCCGAGAUUGACCCCAAGGAGUCCAAGAUCCAACAUAGCGGUCGCGAUGUCACACUCGUCCUCCGCAAGAAGGAGCUCAAGGAGGAGUUCUGGCCGCGUCUGCUCAAGGACAAGGCGAAGGUUCACUUCCUGAAGACCAACUUUGACAAGUGGGUCGAUGAGGACGAGCAGGACGAGGCUCCCGCCGACGACGAGAUGAUGAACCAGAUGAAUCCCAUGGGCGGCGGCGACGGUGGCUUCGGUGGCAUCGACUUCUCCAAGCUCGGCGCAGCUCAGGGCAUGGGCGGCCUCCCAGGAAUGGGUGGCAUGCCCGGCAUGGAAGGACUCGAGGGCGAUGACAGCGACGACGACGAUGAGGACAUGCCCGAGCUUGAGGACGACGAGGCCAGCAAGAACAAGCCCCCCGUCGCCGUCGCCGCCGCAUCUGGCGACAAACCCAAGAUUGAGGAGGUCGCAUAAAUGUUUGAUACCCUCGCUACGACUGAAUGACACGAAAAGUGGAGGCAGUGAGUUUACGACUGUACGGCGCUAUGGCAUAUCUGGGCGAUGUUUUGUUCGGGAUAUGACUUAGCAUGAAGGCGGCGUAUAUUGGGAGCGCUGCGCAGACUCCGACGAGCCUUGCACGGGUAUACAAUUGAUGACUUCUACAUGACAGAUGAAUCAAACGAUACUCCAUUAUAUUCUCGACCAAUCUUGGCUCUUAUCUAUAAGUGGCUGUGGUAUCAAUCGCUCAUAACAGAAUACCUCCCAG